UUACAGCCUGUAGUAUAGAUAGGCAUUAAAUGCCGUCAGUCCGGACAGCCCGUGUACAGUCCAGGCGCCCCGGAUUAGAGGACGCCCCUCCCCAUGCCCAUAAGAGGCGCCGCCGCCGCACACGCCCGUCUUCUCCCGCGUCUCCAGUAAGAUGCUGAGCUGCCGGGAUGCACCGGACGUGCUGCUGAUCCGUCUUUGCGGGACUCGUCCUCACAGCCGGGACUGGACACUGCGGACCUGCUGAUCACUGCAGUCACCGGACCGGGACACCCACGUGUGAGGAUCCCGGGAGCGCGAUGUCGUCCAUGUACAGCAGAUCAAAGGAUUACACCAGAUCGAGGAUCUCUCAGUCGGACUCUCCACCUUCCUCCCCUUCACCGACGACAAAGACGUUACGUCAUGAAAGAUUAGCAAGAUUAGAUUCUGGGGGCUCCAGCCUUACAUCAACAGACAGUGAUCGUGCAUCUACCCGGGCAAGUGCCUAUACACGGCGGGACAAUCGCUUACCAUCAGUUGGAAACAAGACAGAAGAGGAAACACAAAAAGAUUUCAAAAAGCUGUAUGAAAGUGCCUUUAAUGAAAAUGAGAAGCUUAAAAGCAACCUGCGAGAGGCCCAGUUGGAGCUUGCAGAUAUUAAAACUAAGCUGGAACGGGUUGUGAAGAAACAUGAUAAUUCAUCGAGUCAGGUCGGGCUAUUGGAGGCUGAGAAAAGAGAAAAAAGAGUAUUGGAGCGCAGGAUGUCGGAAAUGGAAGAUGACCUAAAGGUACUUACAGACCUGAAAUCUGACAAUCAGCGUCUCAAGGAUGAAAAUGGAGCUUUAAUCAGAGUCAUAAGCAAACUUUCCAAGUAACUCUACUCAUGGGAGUAAAGCAGUUGUAACCAUUCCUUAAGACUUCAGCACAGCUUUAACCACCAUGAUCAAGAUGCCAGUCCACAAUUGACACUGUUUUUUAUACAUAUUUUUGUGUAUAUUUUGAGAAAACAUGCUAUCUGUAUGUCUGGAUCCAUGAAUAGACUGUUUUAUGAAUGAACUGUUAAAUACUGACAGCCUUUCACACUUUUAUAGUAGAAGACCAGCAACAACAGAAAUAUAGUUUUUAUUCAUUAUUUAUAUUGUCACAAAAAGAACAUAUAGGUCGCUUUGAGUCUUAACUUGUUUCUUUUGGAAACACAUUUUGCAGUUGUAACAGCACUGUCACGUGUUUGAAUAUCCUGUCACUUACCACUGCACUUUACCACGGCUUCUUUACAUGGACAGUUUAGGAAUCUACAUAGUUACCGGAUUUUAGAACUGGGGGCCUACUCUACAAUUAUAUCCAAAUACUGUAUUGACUUUGUAUUUUUAGGCCUCAUGCACACACAUUAUGACCAACAGAACCAUAUUGGGCACUGUACUAUGGGUGACAGGGUUUUUUUUAAUAGAAUUUUGAUGGUCUAUCCAUGCUUCCCUGCUAGUUAAGUUUAAGUGAAUCUGAUGAGGGGGAAAGCAUGGAUGCCCAGCAGCUUUGAAUCUGAUGAUGGUGAAAGCAUGGAUGCCCAGCAGCUUUGUAUCUGAUGAGGGGGAAAGCAUGGAGGCCCAGCAGCUUUGUAUCUGAUGAGGGGGAAAGCAUGGAUGCCCAGCAGCUUUGUAUCUGAUGAGGA